AUGUCUGACGCUCGCAACUAUACCGCUGGCUGGAUUUGCGCCAUCAGCACAGAGCACGCGGCCGCGCAGGAUGUGCUUGAUGAGGAGCAUCCAGGGCCAAACUAUGUGACAGCUCACGACCAUAAUGACUACACACUCGGCAGGAUUGGACUGCAUAAUGUCGUCAUUGCUGUCCUUCCCGACGGCGAACAUGGGACAGAUUCUGCUGCAGGCGUUGCUCGUGACAUGCUGCACUCCUUUACAAACAUACGAAUGGGCCUGAUUGUUGGCGUUGGUAAUGGUGCUCCAGGGCCAAGUCGCGAUAUACGUCCUGGAGGUGCCGCCGAAAGUAGCCCGGUGCAUGAGAAAGGGGCGCUUUCCCGUAUGAUUCUGGGGAAGCGGUGCAAGAUCGGACGGAACUUUGAGCAUACAAGAAUCUUGAAUCAACCUCCCACCCUGCUCCGAACGGCUGGGGGUUGCCUACAAGCACGGCACGAAGCCCAGGAUCAUUCGCUCAGUGCGCUCGUUGGCGAAGCAUUGGACGAAUCCCCGACUGAAGAAUAA